AUGGUUCAUGCUGGCUCUGGACAGAUAUGGUUAGAUGAUGUCGAAUGCACCGGAACAGAGCAGACUAUAGUAAGCUGUAGUCAUGGAGGUUGGGGUAUUCAUAAUUGCCAACAUUUCGAAGAUGCUGGAGUUGAAUGCAUUUUGGCAGAGAAACCCAAUGUAACAGUAAAUUGCUCCAGUUUGAUCAUUGUAAAUCUUGGGGAUAACGUCACGUGUCUAUGUGAAGGAAAAGGUGGUAGACCUGCGGCUAAUGUGACAUGGUAUAAAGAUGGUGUCCAGAUUGGUGACAACAAAAAGGAACAAAACGUGUUGACUCUCAGUAAUUUCGAUGAAACACAUGAUGGAAUAUACAAAUGUGUUGGCAAAAACUUUACUGUCACGGAUGAAAAGUUUGUUCAGCUGAUUUUGAACGAAAAACCGAAUGUAACAGUCAAUUGUUCGAAUACGAUCACGGUAAACAUUGGUGACGACGUAAGGUGUCUUUGUGAAGGGAAAGGUGGACACCCGCCAGCUAAUGUGACAUGGUAUAAAAAGGAUGUCCAGAUUAGUGACACAAAAAAGGAAGGAAAUGUUCUGGUACUCAGUAAUGUUGAUAAAACUGAUAAUGGCACGUACGUAUGUGUAGGGAAAAGCAACGAUUUAAAAGAUAAAACCUCAAUUGAAGUAAUUUGUCUCGAAAAACCAAAUAUAACAAUCAAUUGCUCGAGUGCAAUAACAGUAAAUGUUGGUGACGAUGUAACAUGUCUUUGUGAGGGAAAAAACGGAUACCCACCAGCUGAUGUGACUUGGUAUAAAAAAAACGUCCAGAUUGGUGACACAAAGAAGGAAAAAAAUGUUCUGGAUUUGCGCAAUGUUGACAGAACUAAUAGGGGAACAUACAUAUGCGAGUUGAAAAGCUUCACUUUCAGCACUAAGAACUCAAUUCAAGUCAAUUUUUAUGAAAACUUAUACUCCAAAGAGGGUGAUAAUAAGACUGAAUUGUAUAUGUUUUUCAUUAUGUUUGUGGCUGGAAUUCUUGUUGGAAUCUUUGUUGUAUGUGCUGUGCUUUAUUUCCGACGGCGAUGGCUAAGAAAAGGGUCGGCGGAACCAGGUCCAGAUGUUCAAGAUCCAAAUCAAGAUCCAAAUCAAGAUCCAAAUCAAGAUCCAGUGUACGAAACGGUUGAUCUCAAAAAUGUGGCGCAGAAUUAUUAUAAGUCAGGAAGUAGUGAAACAAACGAUGGUUACUCAAAUUAUGCUGACCUAAGUAAAGCGAGUGAUGGAGAAAGCACGUAUGAAUCUUAUAAUACCAAUGUAGUAUGA